UGCUCUGCAACAAAAUCAAUCUCUUUGUCCAUUCUUCGAUUCUUCGAAACGUUUUCGAGUCUACGGAAAAAACCGAAGCUGUUUACUUUCUCUGUCAAAAAAUGUGUUACGGUCAUCAACGGUCUCUCUCACCGAACCACCAUUUGGACCUCCCGUCUCGAAACGACAACGCGUUGGUGGUGGAUAAUCUCCGAGUCCGGCUCGCCGAGACGGAAGCUCGACUCGAACGAGCCAGGGCUCGAGAGGCCGAACUCACCCGGCGACUCGAAGAAAUGAAGCGUUUCGUUUCCGUCAUGGAGAUCCUCGAGUGUUACCUCAAACAACGGUUUCGCGAGCAACAAGAAUACGUAGCACGCAUCUUCUCUUCGCUUCCUGCUAAAUGAAAAAACGUUUUACACUCGGUGAUUUUAACAAAUGCUAUCUUUUGUUAAUAUUUCCUUUUGGAAUUUUUGUGUGUGCUUUUUAUGUUUGAUAGAUAGAAAGAAUUACUUUUUAAAUGAUUCGAAAAUGUAAAAAUUUCUGUUUCUUCUUGUUAGGGUUUGUGGAGUUUAAAAUUAGUUGGAAGUCAUGGAAAUCGAGUCAAUCACUAAUUUUGCGUUAAAUUGUUUCAUUAGAUGUUUCGUUGUUUUUGUUUAAAUGGAGGGUUUAAUAUUCAAUUGGUAAAUUUGGAAACUCUUUGGAGUUGCUUACGUGAGUGAGUUUAGUAUAUUGGUUUAUGUUAUUUAUUUUUUAAUCUUAUUUUAUCGGCUAGUGGAAAACGUGAAAUUGAUUAGGGAGGUGGAAGUUUUAGGCAUUAGAGGCUAAAUCAUAUUCUCUGAUUUUAGUAAUGGCUUUAAUUGCUGUGAUCAUUUGUCCUGCUUACAUUGUAUUUGAUUAUGGAUUUAAGUUUGAACGCUUCUGCCAUUAGCAAAAGGAGAAGGAAAAAGAGAAAAAGAAAGAGUGGCAAGGGGCCAGGGUUUUUGUCGGCUUGUUUCAACUUAUUAGUGGAAGGAAUCAUGCCCGUUGAUUAUUUGUAAGGGUUGUUUUUAAAGAUUUAAGUUAGGGUACUGAAACAUGAACAGCUGAGCAUUAGUUGACCAAAUGUGAAUGAACCAAUUCCCCUGUGAUGGUAUGCUUUUCAGAGGCAUAAAGAAAGAAUAGAUAGCAAGGAUGGGAAGGUUGCUUGUCGGAUGUAAAUGCUAGGAUUAUGUUUUAUAUAGAUGUAAUAUAAACAAGUAACUCCCGAAAUAAUUUCAAAGGAGUUAUCUACAUCAAUCCUAUAACCUGUGGACCUAAUUCUCUAAUAUAUGAUAUAUGAUGGAUGGACGUUUCUAGCUUGCUAAUUUCCUUUCCUGAUGGUAACUUUUGAUAUUUGCUAUAUGUCAAGGAAGAAGCCUCUUGAUUGAAUAUGGGAGCGUUGUGAAAAGUGAACAUAAAAGAUAGAUUUUGAGAACUUAGAUUUGUAGCACUAGCUAGUUUGUAGGGCGUUCUUCAAGUCUUUGAGUCUCCCACUUCAGAUGGUACUAAACUUUUAGAAAUGGCUAGUUUAUUGUGGUGUUGGAAUGCCAACUCAAAUCAUAUCCUAAGAAGAGAAUAGAAAUCCAGGUAUUCUAUGAGAGGCAAAGAUGAGCAAAUUAUAUAUGUUUACCUGUGUUUGACUUGGAACUUGGAAGUACUCCCUCUAGUGUGUGUUGAUUGCAAUGAAAAUGAUUGGACUGUAUAAUGUCACAAUGGAAAAGGAAAGUGCUCCAAGCAUGCUUAUUUGCGAUGUCAAUCUUUGAGCAUUUACCGGUUAAGUAUCAUGAUUCAGCAACUAUGAGUGAGAGCUACCAUAGUCGUAAGCAAUAGGCCACUGGUGAUGUUUCAUCAGUUGAAUCUUUCCAUUGUUUUAAUGAUUCUCUCUGUACUUUUCAGCCAAUGUGAAUGUUGUCAAGGUCUAAUGUUUUCUGAUAUAAUAGUGGAGCUAGCAAAAUUUGAUCACUAACCAAUAAUUCACCCAAUAUUUUCUGGUUUCAGUUUCAGAUUGGCAUUUUGUUAACCUGCAAUUGACAUACUAGUGUCUUUCGUUUCACUUUGCAACGAUAGGUGUUUUGUAUUAUCACAGAAAUGACUGGAGAGCUGUGGCCCCAGGUAAUUUGCAAUGCCAUGGUGGUUUUCUACUCUGAGUAGAGAACUAAACCAAGAUUGCUAGCGGUUGCCUUAUAAAGUAGUGAUAACAUGGCAGCCAAGAUAUCUGAGAAAUGUUAAAGUUGAAAACCAAGAACUCAAUGGGAAACUUUUACGCAGAGAAUGUUUUGGGGAUGAGUCGACUUUGUUGGGAGGAAAAGAAGGAAUGAGGUGGAUGCACGUGUUUGCUUUGUUCGAUUUAAUAAUCGUUGGUUAAAAAGCUUUCCCAUUGGCUAUUUUAAAAAGGUUACUUUUUCCUAAGUAGUGUAUAAUACAUUAUACAAUGUUACUACUGCCAUUUAUUUCAAAGCAUUUGAUCUCGUCAGCCUUCAUGUUGAAGGUAAACAAAGUCAGUACUCAGUAGUGGUGCCGUUAUCAUGAAGCCAAAGAAAUAAUCUUGUUUUCUUUUCAACAUUAUCUUUGUCUGCAUUGAUCAAUCCGUUGAAAUAGAAGCUCGCACUUUUUUGUUAAUCUUUACAUUUUUGACAAUGAUUUUUCUCCAUUACCUCUGUUCUUUUAGUUGGG